GCUCCCGAGCGUCUCUGAAACCCCAGCAGUCGGCGGCGAGGGGCGCGUGGAGCUUGGGGCCGCGGAACCGGGCGGCGGGAGGGGGUGUCCCGGCGUGCCAGCGGGGCACAGCGCGGGCGGCGGCCGGCGGGGCUGCCCGGCGCGGGUGUCCCGGCGAUGUGUGGCGCUGAAGCGGCGGCGGGACAGGCAGCAGCACCGGCGGCAGCGGGCUCGGCUUCGCGUCGGUGCCGGCGGCGGCGGCGGCGGCGGCACAGGUUCUCCGGGAACUGGCGAGUCCAGGCCUAAGCGGCGGCCCUGCGAGGCCCGCGCACGGCGCCCCGGGCCGGGGCCCUCCUGGCCUAGCCCUGCCCCGGGAGCCAGUCUCCCCGGCCGGGGAUGAGGCCUGGAGGCGGCCGCGCGGGGCCCAGCACAAAGGCUCGUCCCCAGGGGCCGCCGCCGCCGGUGGCUUAGAGCCGCCCGCCGAAGCGGCGCCGGCGCCGGGGACUUCGUCUCUGCCGGCCCCCGGGGGCGGCUGCUGCCCGUCUCCCCGAGCCCCGAGCUCUCUGCCCCCUCGGCUGCCAGGGCACCGGGCAGCCGCGCAGAUUGCACCGCUCUUGGCUGUGGGGACCCGGCGGAGCAUGUCGGAGGAGAGCGACAUGGAGAAAGCUAUCAAGGAAACUUCCAUUUUAGAAGAAUACAGUAUCAAUUGGACUCAGAAGCUGGGAGCUGGAAUUAGUGGUCCAGUUAGAGUCUGUGUGAAGAAAUCUACCCAAGAACGGUUUGCACUGAAAAUUCUUCUUGAUCGUCCAAAAGCUAGAAAUGAGGUACGUCUGCACAUGAUGUGUGCCACACACCCAAACAUUGUUCAGGUUGUUGAAGUGUUUGCGAACAGUGUACAGUUCCCACAUGAGUCCAGCCCCAGGGCUCGACUCUUAAUUGUAAUGGAGAUGAUGGAAGGGGGCGAGCUAUUUCACAGAAUCAGCCAGCACCGGCACUUUACAGAGAAGCAAGCCAGCCAAGUAACAAAGCAGAUAGCAUUGGCUCUACAGCACUGUCACUUGUUAAACAUUGCACACAGAGACCUCAAGCCUGAAAAUCUGCUUUUCAAGGAUAACUCUUUGGAUGCUUCCGUGAAGUUGUGUGAUUUUGGAUUUGCUAAAGUUGACCAAGGUGACCUGAUGACACCCCAGUUCACCCCUUACUAUGUAGCACCUCAGGUACUAGAAGCACAGAGAAGGCAUCAGAAGGAGAAGUCUGGCAUCAUACCUACCUCGCCAACACCCUACACCUACAACAAGAGCUGUGACUUAUGGUCCCUAGGAGUCAUUAUCUAUGUGAUGCUAUGUGGAUACCCUCCUUUUUACUCUAAACACCACAGCCGGACCAUCCCAAAGGAUAUGCGGAAAAAGAUCAUGACAGGCAGUUUUGAGUUCCCAGAAGAAGAAUGGAGCCAGAUUUCAGAGAUGGCCAAAGAUGUUGUAAGGAAGCUCCUAAAGGUCAAACCAGAGGAAAGACUCACCAUCGAGGGAGUUUUGGACCACCCCUGGCUCAACUCAACUGAAGCCCUGGAUAAUGUGCUACCCUCUGCUCAACUGAUGAUGGAUAAGGCGGUGGUUGCUGGAAUACAGCAGGCUCAUGCAGAGCAGUUGGCCAACAUGAGAAUCCAGGAUCUGAAAGUCAGCCUCAAACCACUGCACUCAGUGAACAACCCCAUUCUAAGGAAAAGGAAGUUACUUGGCACCAAGCCAAAGGAUGGUGUUUAUAUCCAUGACCAUGAGAAUGGCACUGAGGAUUCAAAUGUUGCCUUGGAAAAGCUUCGAGAUGUGAUUGCUCAAUGUAUCCUCCCCCAGGCUGGUAAAGGAGAGAAUGAAGAUGAGAAGCUGAAUGAAGUAAUGCAGGAGGCCUGGAAGUAUAACCGGGAAUGCAAACUCCUAAGGGACACCCUGCAAAGCUUCAGCUGGAAUGGUCAUGGAUUCACAGACAAAGUAGAUCGACUCAAACUGGCAGAAAUUGUGAAGCAAGUGAUAGAAGAGCAAACCACUUCCCACGAAUCCCAAUAAUAACAGCGUCAAACUUUGUUUUUUAAGAAUUUGAAAAAUUAUUCCUUAAUGUAUAAAGUAAUUUUAUGUAAAUUAAUAAAUCAUAAUUUCAUUUCCA